GAAGAGCACACACUUUGCUUGAGUAAAUUACAUUCAUUGCAACGAUAGUGGUCAACAAAAAAAACACACUUGCUUCAAUACUUGCAAGCCUCUUGCAAGUUCUUCCAGUACCAGGUUAACCAUAAAAUUGGUCACUUCAACAUCAAGUUAAGUAAUGUUUUCCAUUUAUUAGUUUUGUAUAGUAAACUGGAAGAUCUGCAAAAAAUAAAGGUGCAGGAGAAGCACAAGAUCAACAAACUUGAUCAAGAACAUAGAAGAUGAGCCUUACUAAAGAACGCAAACCAAAGAAACCUCACUACAUUCCUCGACCUCCAGGAAAACCAUUCAAAUACAAGUGUUUCCAAUGCCCAUUUACAUGCAAUGAAAAAUCACAUCUGUUUAACCACAUGAAGUACAGUCUGUGUGAAAAUUCAAUUUCACUAGUUACAGACCAGGACCAAACAGGAAAAUGCUCAAAGAGAAGUUGCAAUGAGACUAAUAUACUCAACCAGAAAGAUGAUGAGUCAAACGAGUGCAAUAAUACAAAAAUAACAGUCAAUAGACUGAAUAAAAGUUCAGAAUGUUCAAAUACUGUCUCAGAUAAACCCUCAACUCAUCAAAUCAUCAACACUACUGACAUGAAAGAAAAUGUGGGAAUGGAUAAUCCAAAUAUGAAACAACAUAAGGAACCACAUCACUUGAUUCAUUUAACAACUGAAACUGAAAAAGUAGAAAUGUUUGAAAAGGAUCAAAGAUCCUCAGCUUUCUUGCCUGUUGGAGGACUGAGAUCUAGUGAAAAACCAGAAAAAGUCAAUAAAGGCACACAUUCUGCUUCUGAAAAUUCAAACAACAGAGCAUCUCCCAUCCAAGUGAAAUCAGCAUUUUACAGUCCAGGUGACCAGUGGAGAACAGGUUCUUCAAUUUCACCAGAAUUUUGUAAAGCAGAUAAAAGCUUUGGCUCAAUUCCUCCCAACACAUCACCAUUGAUUCCAGACUAUACACACUACUACAGUGAACGAGGUUCAAGAGUAGUCUUUUCACCCUAUCUUCUCACUGGUAAGCCACCUGAACAUGACAACCCAACAAUUCCACUGUAUGUCUCAACUGACCAGAGGAACUUUCUACUUCCUCAUCUACAAAAUCCAAGUAUGACUUUGCCAAGGCAUUUGGUUCCAUCAACAUUACAACAGUACAAGAUUUUGCAUCAUUUGCAUUCAAACAUUCCUAUUCCUUACGGAAUCCAACAUCUCAACUCAACUGAAUACCACAUGCCCCAGUUUGGCAUGAAGCCUCAACAAGGAAGUAAUACCAUUAAGGAUCAAAAUACCCAAUCAGUUGGAACUCCCUCAUUCUACGAAACUUCAUCUUCAUCUGAACUUUACCACCAGAACACUCACAGAAGGCUUUAUGCACAAUGGGAGAACUCAGUACCGACAAAAUAUGUAAAAGAUAAUGACACUGCAGAACUGGACAUUAACAGUGACUCUCUCUCACACACAACAAAUAUAAAAAUGAGCCCAAGAGCAGGAAGUGCGGCAAUGGGCUCUCCAGGACGACCUAGUCCUAGCUUUGCUCAAAGAAGUACUGUUUCAGAAAGUUUUGGUGAAUUGCCGAACAAGGUUAUUUCGAGCACAAGUAUUAAGAAUAACAAAUUGGAAGAAACCUUUAUGCACUUCAGACCAAUCAGAAAUGCACAUGCAAAUAAAUUCUACAUUCAACAUGACCGACGAGAAAGACCAGGCCCAGAGAGCAGAACUCUAGGUGUCAAUGAGGAAUCAACAUCUAAUCUAACAUUUUCUAAUGUCACCAUUCUGGAUUAUGACCAAGGUAAUCCGCCAUUACCCUCAAACACAAGCUCCAGCAGCAUGAUCCCUUUAAACCUUUCCAAAAAGGACAAAGAGAAAACAGAGCAGGACAAGCUCAUUGGAACUAAAACUAAUAAUCUUCUUCAAGACUCAAAUGAAUGUUCUUCAGUUGACAAUGAUUAUCCACAAGAUGAAGAGUUUCAGAUUUCUAUAAAUGUACAGGAAGUACCUUUAAACCUCUCCGUUAAAGCAAAACAUAAUCAUGGCUGGCAAACAGCUGAAGAUUCUAUUCCACCACAAGUGGACAGCACUUCUAAAGAAUUGAGAAUACAUACAAAAUGCUUAAAUAGCAAUAAAUCUCUUCAUUCUGACUUGAAGAUUAAGCCACUUGAAGACCUUGAUAUUGCCAAACAUUGCAAAAAAACAGGUCAAUGGAACAAAAACAUUGUCAGCAACCUACAAUCUCAAAAAGUUUUUAAAGGUACGCAAAGUUGUAACGAUGAGCAGAAGCAGUCGGCUGCUGUGGCUCUUUGCCAGCUAGCUGGAUCUAACAAUGGUAAAUAUAAUGAGCAAUGGUCUCUUUUGCCAACUGGGCAAUUUGCUCAUUUGGAGGACCCCAGCUAUAAAAAUGAACACACUGAAUUUGACAAAUUAGACAAUGAACAUAAACCAAUAAGUCUAAAAAGGUCAAAUGAAGAAUCAGUUAAAACACAACAAGAGACAACACUUGUAAAGAAUAAUGUUUGUGGUAGAAUAUUCAAUUUGAGAAAGAGAACUAGAGUUGCAUAAGAUGGUACAAUUCCAACUGAAACCAGUAAUAAUUAGACUAAGCAAAUUAUUAAACCACGUGAGGUUGACGACCAUUGUUUCCAACAAGAUUUCAAAGCCUAGAUUAGUCACCAAGAAGCAUAACACACCCUAGGAUGAGGGUGUGUUUAAACUCCUCAUUGAUUUUUGUCUACUUAUAAAUGUUAUUAUACUCACUAUACUGGGUGUUGGUUAAAAGUGGCAGAUUAUACUGCAACACCAACAGUUUCUGUUUGAAGUAUUGCAGGAUCCAUUGCAUUUUCAGCUGGCAUUUUGUGCGAUAAAGUUUGCAGAUGUCAAGAAGACGACUAAGGUUCUUUAGGACAGCAGCUCAAAUUAAAUGCAGCAACAUAAUCCUGCCAUGAAAAACUAAUAUUUUUAUUCCAAGCUGCAAAAACAAAGUGCAGUUGGUGAUCUAAAUCCAACUCCAACAAGGAUUGGCUUUACAUUGCUUCACACAACUACCUCAGGUGAAAUGGGCAAUUAAGUACCUAAAUUUUCUCAUAAAAAUUAACUAACUCUACAGCACAGUUUAUGGUCAAUGAGCCACAGGCACUUAAAAGGACAUUCAGAUUACUUAUUUGAACCAGAAAGCAGACUUUAAUAAAUUAAGUUAAUCAAAGUAACAAGUUAUAGCAUGGUUGAAGUUCACAGUAGUCCAGUUAGUAAAGGAUGCCAAACAGCAGGUGCUUCAAUCUUAAGUCCAGAGGGCUAAGUAUUUUUAACAUUACAGAGUGAUCAUUAUUAAAGCUAACAUUUUCUUCUCUGUAUACAGAAACGUACUGGGAUAGUUUGUUUCGCUACAAAACAUAAAGGGUCCAGUAACCCAGUGGUUUGUUACUGGACCAGUAAUCCAAAAACCACAAUUAAUCAGCCACAGACAUGAAUUAAAAUUCCAACACAGCAGUUAGGGAAUUUAAAUUCAAUUAAUUAGGUAAAAUCUGAAAUCAAUACUAGUUUCAGUAACGGUGAGUACAACACCAUUGGAAUUAAGUAGAAAUUUCUAACUCUAUGGACUGCCUAUGAAAUAGCACCAAUACGAAUAGAAAAGAAAACAUACCUUCCUGUACCUGCAAAUUUUGUUAUGCAAAUUAAAGAACUUCAAGUCUGGCAUUCACAUUCUUAGUGGACAAUUAAAAUAAUCCUUUCAAAUCCAAACUGACUUGUUAAGGCUUGUUUAAAUGUACUUACAUGACCCAGAUGAAAGGAAAAAAUGAGGACUGCAGAUGCUGGAGAUCAGAGUCAAGAGUGUGGUGCUGUAAAAGCACAGCAGAUCUGAAGAACGCUGUCUGAGCUGCUGUGCUUUUCCAGCACCACACUCUCAACUCUGACCCAGAUGAAAGGACAGGUACAAAAAUGCAUAUGUACAGUAUUACUUUGUAUUUUAUAAACUGCUUCACAAACUAUGAUGGUGAUUAAAAUACUGUACUUUUAAUUCUAUUUUAUCAGUUUCACUUGAAGCACAAGGGAAAGCAUGUCAUGAGGGAUUUUAACAAUACAGAAAAAAUAUGGACAUUAAUUUAUAUUUUCGGGAAACUGUUGGUGAUGGAAAUGAGAUGUGCUACUAAUUCUAUGAUAACAUA